GAGUGCUUCACCCGAGGAGAGCCUGAGCGCGGCAGUGAGGUGGAUGGCCAUGAGGAAAGCCUCCAUCAGCGCAAGAUAAUGGAAGUAUGCAUAAAAAUUCAUGAAAAUGCAGUGGCGCGGCACGGCAACCCCGCAUGCCCUUCAGGACCUGCUGGCUGGCUGGCUGGCUGGACUCACCUGCGGUCGAGAGCCACACUGCAUCGCUCUGCUGCCAGAAGGCGUGCUGUCGAGGCCUACCCGUCAGGCUGCCAUCCUCGUGUUGCCUUCCCUGCAUCCUGUCCUACCGUCAGGCCGUCCAACAAGCCUGCAAGCAAACACAGUGUCACAGAUAACCUACAGACGUCCCGCCCCGCCACAGCUCCCAGUCAAGAUGCGGUGGGAAGCCUCCACGUGGGUGAUGGUGGUGGUGAUGGCCUGCCUGGGCGCCUGGACUUGCCACGCCUGCAACGAGGUGGUGUGCGCUAGCAUGGUGAGCAAGUGCAUGCUGACCCAGGCAUGCAAGUGUGAUCUCACCAGGUCCCCAGACAACAACUGCACCUGCUGCCGCGACUGUGCCAAGUGCCUGGGCUACCUGUACACCGAGUGCUGCUCUUGCCUCGGAAUGUGCGAGGCGAGAGCGCAGGUGCUAGAUAGGACAGACUCUCAGGUGGGCGACCUUCCUGAGCCCUUCCCUCACAUGUUCAAGGCUCUGACCGGGGAAAAAGACAUGCUCCUCCGCUGGACCUCCAUAACUUUCCCUAUCGACGUGGACCUUACUGACAUCGACGCCACUACCAUGAACAAGAACAGAUAUAAGUUGGGCGCGGUUCUGGUGGACAACUCCCAGGACACCACACAGAUCGACCAAGUGACCAUGAACUGCACCGUGAUGUACAUGUCGCAAUGCAUGUCCGGCAAUAAGUGCAAGGAGACAUGCAGAUCUACUGGAGCUACUGCCUAUCGCUGGUUCUUCGAUGGCUGCUGCGAGUGUGUGGGAAGCAGCUGCGUUAAUUAUGGCAUCAACGAGAGCAGGUGCAUCCAGUGUUCCACAAUAAUAGAGGACGUCGAUGCCAAUGACCUGCUCACUGACCAGUACCUUGCUGGCAACGGUGAACCCUUCGACGAUCCCGCUGCCCAGGGAGUGGUGGACUCUGAAGACGUGUAAGAACCAAGAAGUCACGAUACAUGAGUCUCAGCCAUUAUGGCAGUCAUCCAAAUACUCAAGUCACCACAGCAGUUACCCAAAAGUCAGACUUUGAAACAUGAGAGUAGCUUCCUGCAGUUACCACAUAAAUGCUAUCAAACUCACUUAAAUUUACCCAUUCGCUGCCACCCAGACAUACAUUGCAGGAGAUGAAAAAUAGUGGUGCAUUUGAACAGCCCCCUAAAAUAUCCUACCAUUUCCUAAGCAUACUGCCAGGAUUGAACCCUGCCUCUCACCACACCAUCAUUGAAUCCCUUUCGCUGAGGCAAGCACUGAACCACACUGAUCCCAAGAGGCUGGGUGACAAAAGCAUUUUCCAACACAUUACGAAGCUGCAGUGAGACAAAUGAUACUAGCGCCCCUUCACUAGAGGCAAGCAUUGUAUUGUACAUAUCAAAGUGCCACCAGGCCCCACCACUAAAACAUAAUAAAUAGAAUAUAGUAAGAUUAGCUAUUCAAACAAAACCACACUACCUUACUGUAUAUCUUUCUUUGCUUAGCCCAGUAUUAAAGCAAUAGAUGCUUCAAGCAUUAAUUCAAGACAUACUUCUAUAUAAAUUACUUUUAAGACUUAAAAGGAGGACUUAUGUAUUGUAAAUAGAUUCAAAUGAGUACCUUCAAAAAAUAAAACACCUGAUGCCUGUUUAGUCAGCUUUCAAGUAGUAUUAGGUAAACCUAAAAAAAAAAAUGUUCAUGGCACCCUGUGGUCAGUGCUCAGAAGUGGUAAUCUCAAGGACCAGAGUUAAUUCUGUCAAGAAAAACCUGAGUAACUGAAGAAUACCCACAUAUCCCAUCAGCCACAUCCUGACAGUUACUGCAUCAGCAGGGUCUGGGAUGUGGCAUGAGACUAUGUAGAGGUCUGCCUGCACCACCUCAGGCAGGGACCAACCAACCAAUUCUCCACAUACAGAGACUGACCACACUGCCAUUGGUUACCAUAGAAUGCUCUUCUGUUAUGUGCCAAAAACACAAAAUGUCAUGUCAAAAGAUGUAAUACAUGUAAAUAUGAGAGAGAGAGAGAGAGAGAGAGAGAGAGAGAGAGAGAGAGAGAGAGAGAGAGAGAGAGAGAGAGAGAGAGAGAGAGAGAGAGAGAGUCAAACUGUUCAUACAAGUUAAUGUUAACCAUGAUCCUUUGCUCACAAUACUGUACCAUUACAUACUAUGUUCACUGGUCUGCUGAAAACAAGUAAAAGAUACCCAAGUAGAAAA